UCUUUUUUCUUUGCUAUUUUCACCGCUUUUACGGCGAAGGCUAAUACCGCAAUAAACGAAAGAAGAAGAUAAUAAUAAUAAGAAGAAGAAUUAAAAUCGACAUAUGACGUUUCGUAUAACCUGUUUGUGUUUGUAUUUUUUGUAAAAUACAAAAAAAGCAACAUUUCAAGGGGUAUAGAUUUUUUUUAACAUUCAUUGAUCGAGAAUACAAACAGAAGAGACAGUGAAAUGGCACAAGAGGAAGCCUUUGAACAAUUUGAAGAAGAUGAUGCAGCUGAAACAGCAUUAGCCCUAAGUAGUGCAGGUAGAAAAAGACUCUUCAGUAAAGAAUUAAGAUGUAUGAUGUACGGUUUUGGAGACGAUCAGAAUCCUUAUACAGAAAGUGUGGAUAUAAUUGAAGACCUGGUCAUUGAAUUCAUAACAGAAAUGACACACAAGGCUAUGGAAAUUGGAAGGACUGGCCGGGUACAAGUAGAAGACAUUGUAUUUUUAGUUCGUAAAGACCCUAGGAAAUAUGCAAGGGUGAAAGAUUUACUAACUAUGAACGAAGAGCUCAAGAGAGCAAGAAAGGCUUUUGAUGAAAUUAAAUUUGCAGGAAAAGACGCCGUUUCAAGUUAGUCUUUAACAAACGUUCAAAUAUGUACAAAAGCUUGUAAAAACUUCCUUAUACAUUUAAUACAAAAAUAUGUAAUCUCAUUUAAAACGGAUAAUUUAUAAUAUAUUUGUAUGAUUAAUGGACUAUUAUUAAAAUGUAUGUAUUAAUUACGUGUAUAUGUAUGUAAGUUAAUUUUUUUAUUUUGGUACUAAGUAUGAUGUGCUUCAAAAUAUCUGCCCAACAGAGUGCAGACCUGGAUAUUUAAAUUUUUAUAAUAUAGAAAAUAAACACUUGUCAAGGGUAAAUUGCCUCAAACCUUUCGUUUUCAACCAUUUUCAAUUUUGCAUAUAUUCUUCUAUUUCAACUUGAAAUAGAAGAAUAUAAUGCGAAAUUAGAUUUAUAUGAGGUAAAUUUAAAAUUCAUGAUGUAGUUUUGCAGUCGAUAUCCCAGCAGAUGUUGAUUAUAGUUACUUUCGAGUAUUCGUUACAAAUCGGUACUUUUGUAUAAAGUAAUCAUUUACAGUAUUCGUUACUUUGAUUACUAUGAUUACUUUUGUUACUUUUGUAUUUGAGUACCGGUAAUCAUAUCGAGAAUCGUAUUUCUCAGUCGGUAGGUAUUUUGUAUAGGUAUUCCGAUAUAACGAGCUUCACCGAUCUGUUUAGUGGAUAAAAAUGAUUUGAUAUGUAAAAUAGGAGAUGAUUGAAUGCUCGAAUAUUUGAAAUUUAUGGAAAUAUAAGGCAGGUAUCUCCUAGUUGCUCGAUAUUUGCCUUUUAUUUCCAUAAAUUUGAUAUAUAAUUUAUUAUUUUAAAAAUUACAAAAAACAAGGGGCGCCCGAUAUAAUUUUGACCAGACUAAUUAGUUAAUAAUUAAAAUAUAACUUUUUUUAUAACUUCUAAUUGACUUUUUUCACAAGAUUAACUACAAUUAACAGAUUUUAGAUUUUUGGAUUAUUCGAAACAAAAAAGGUGUUUUGUAAUUUUUCUCUUAAGUUGAUCAUUUUCGAGUUAUAAACAAAUUAAAACUAAAAAAAAAAAAACGAAAAAUGACAAAAAAGCUCAAAAACAUAGUUAAAAAAUAACAUUUUUGAAAUUACGAAGUACCUAAAUUGAAUCCAAACCUUCUUCUAUUAGUUCUAGAAAGGAUUUUGGGCUUAUUUCAUUUUAAAAUUUUGUUUUUUAGUUAUUAAUGCCCAGAUCGGCCCAUAAGACAGCUUUCUUCAUUAACAAUUAAAAAAAUCUAUUUUAGAAUAAAACAUGCCAAAAAUUCUUAUUGACACCUGUUAGAAGAAAGUUUUAAUUUAAUUUAGAUACAUUACAAAAAUAAUAUUUUUUACUUGUGUUUUUGGGUCUUGAAAAUCGUCAUUUUUGGUUUUUUUUUCAGUCUUAAAUUGUUUAUAACUCGAAAACGAUCAACAUAAGAGAAAAAUUACAAAAUACCUUUUUUGUUUCGAAUGAUCCAAAAAAUUUAAAAUAAUAUCUUACCUGGCCGAAAAAUUUUUAAUACAAUUUAAUUUAACAAUGUGAUUUAUUAUUAAAAUAUUAAGAUCUAAAAUGUCCGGCUUUUUUUAUUUUCAUUCUGUGAAUUAUCUACUAUCUAAUCUACAUCGGAAAAUCGCGUAGAUCUAGAUAAACAUUUAGGGUUUUCGCAUUCGAUCUUUGUUAAUUUCAUACAUUACGUAUUUUACGUAUACCAUUAUACCUCCCUCUCUUUCAUCUUCUACCUUCUCCUCACCCUCGCACCCUUAAAACGCUUCAUACCGAUUCGUAAAAUAGUGGUCCCGUCCGUUACUCGCUGGGAUACGAUUGGUAGAAAGUAAUCAAGUGUACUGGUUGUAGAUACAACAGUCGUUACUCACUCUGAUACGAUUGGUACGAAGUAAUCAGAGUAAUCAAAGUAACGAUUUGCCUCUCUGUAUAGUAAUCGUUACUUUCGGUAUUCGUAAGUAACGAGUACUUUGUAACGAAUAGGUACUUUUUCAACAUCUCUACCAGCCACAUACACAGCUUGUGAUGUGCGCUGAUACACGCUGAUAUUAGUCUUACCAGACGUAAUUAAACGAUGGAAGGAAUACAUAAAGGAAUUAUUUCAAGAUGAGUGAAUAUAUUAUAACAAAAUAUUGGGAAAUCUAAUAGAACAUUUUGAUUGUAUGAAUAAGCACAUAAGUUUUUUGCUCAUACUGUUGAUUUAGCUGCUCGUGAUUUAUUGAAAAUGUUUGUGUUAACAUCUGAAGAAAAUGAAACCGAAGACCGAUACUAGUGAUAACGAAAGAACGAAAAUAUUACAAUUGCAAAGGCUUUUUUGUAAAAAAAUAAAAAACUGAAAUGAGAUGAUUAAACUUCGUAAAAUUUUCUGACUCGUAAAAUUGACACGCAACUACCAAAUUGGAGGUUAUUCUAAAACCAGAUGGAACUUUACAUUGGAAAUACUGUCCUGGGCGGUACAAUUUAAUCGUUCGAUUAAUUUUCUUCGUGACAAUACAGAUACUCGCUUAAAUUUUCGAAUAUCUGAUACAGAAUUAAUGAAUGAAUGUGAAUGUUAUUCAAAGAACAUGUAAGUAUUUAUCGAGUUUCAAAAGAUUAAUUACAAUUUUAGAAUUAGAGAAAUAUUCUACUCUUCCUUUGGGCUAUCGGGAUCAAUAGGCUACUCGACAAACUAGAACGAUGGGCGCAUGCAUUAGGUAAAGAAAAUAGAGUACAAUCUUGAUGCAAAAAUUGUAUUGCUCUUCAGGCAGUUCGCCAUAAAAUUGUACGCAAAGCAUUACAGUAGGACUAACUAGAUGUAUUGUAUCGUUUUGAUUUUGGAUCAUCGUCAUGAAAUUCAAACGUUUUCUUUAAUGACAUGGGGACAAACCUUACACUGACAAAGAGUCACCUCAAACCCAAACUAACUAUACAGUCAAUGUGUUAAUGAAGUUACCGAUUUUGAUCUAAACUUGUUUGAACUUUUCCAAUCAUCUCCAAAAACAAAUAGAAACGAAAAUUCGUGGAGAUACGAAAUCUACAAAUACACAGCUGAAGCACUAGCUGACAGUACCGAGGACAUACUAAAGUGGAAGCAGCUUAAACGGCACGAAACUGUCUUUCUAACUUUAUCAAAAAUGGCGAGAGAAUUUCUUGCCACCCCAGUAAGGCGCCGUCGAUUAGUCACGUGAUGUUUUUUUUGGCAUUUUUUAACCCCCUACCCCUUGGUGAUACAUGGUGAGGUUUAAGGUGAACCACCCCCACCCCUAUAUCACGUGUAUUUUUUAGUAUCUACAAAAAAUCUAUUUUUAGGUAUUUAUAAAAUACACGUAUCUAUAAGUAUCAUCUAAUUUUAUUAUACAAAAUUAAAACUACUGAAGAAUUAAAACUGACCUAGCAACCCUGUUUACCCAUGUAUUCAGUGCCAAAACAACAGAAUAACUGACAAGACUACCAAUUUAUCAGAUAAUAGGUAUAAUAAAUACAUCAUGUACAGACUAAAACCUCAUAAAUAAAAUAGGAGACGGCGACAGGGUCAGUAUUCCUAGUGGAAACACAUGGUAAGAAACAAAACACUUCGCAAGUGUCCCUUCUUAUCUUUAAGAUAAUUUACCGUGAAGAGUAGGAGGUAUCCCAUGUCGCUUUAUCCAAUAUUAAUAAAACUGUUUAUAGAAAUUUGAGUGAAAGGAAAGAAAAUUAAUAUGUUGUUGUAUUGUAGAAUAUUAUGAAUGAAAAAUUAAUUUUUUUUUCAAUCACACCAAUGCCGCUUUCGAUUUUUGAACAGGUGUGGCGAAAAAAUAAAUACACGUGAUGUAUUACUACACCCUCCUCCCCCUUGUGACGUUUCGUGAUUUUUUAUGGAGCCCACCCCCCCCUUCGAGACUCCGGUAUUUUUAGAGAGCUUCUUGAAAGUCACAAAAAAAAAACAAAAUUGAUUAAAUGAACAUUUUAUUCUAAUAUCUAAACACGAAUACGUUUAAAUUCGUGGCUUCAACAAAAAUCCCUAACAAAGAUCACACAAGGAUCGUAGUAACAUGUUAGUAUUUUAUUUUAAUUAUUAAUUUGUAAGAAUUUUCUUUUCACGAAGGAUUUCGAUGUGACAAGUUGGAAUUAAUUGAAAAAUGUUUAAAAUAAUGUAUUGUCUUUGUUAUAAAUAAAUGUAUUGUUAUAACUA